CAUCACAACUGUCCGGGUUCAUCCUACGGUGCUCUCCUGCGGCAGUCCGGCAGGAAAUCUACUGUAAACCGCCCGGCGCUGGCGCCUCUUCCCGUCUCUUCUGCGCCUGUGCAACCGGAACGUUCGGGAAAAUUCUUGAAGCAGUACCGGCGGCUUCCGGAAGCUAGCUGCGGCCUGGAGCGGCAGUGCUGGUGAUUGCCGUGGUGAUUCACCUCCCGUCCCAGGUGGUGUGGGUUUCGCCGGGAAGACGGAAUGGCGCUCUUGUGUUACAACCGCGGCUGUGGCCAGCGUUUCGACCCCGAGGCCAACUCGGACGAUGCUUGCACAUACCACCCAGGUGUUCCUGUCUUUCAUGAUGCCCUAAAGGGUUGGUCUUGCUGUAAAAGAAGGACAACUGAUUUUUCUGACUUCUUAAGCAUUGUAGGCUGUACAAAAGGUAGGCAUAAUAGUGAGAAGCCACCUGAACCAGUCAAGCCUGAAGUCAAGACUACUGAGAAGAAGGAGCUAUCUGAAUUAAAACCCAAAUUUCAGGAGCACAUCAUUCAAGCCCCUAAACCAGUAGAAGCAAUAAAAAGGCCAAGCCCAGAUGAGCCAAUGACAAACUUGGAAUUAAAAAUAUCUGCUUCCCUAAAACAAGCACUUGAUAAACUUAAACUGUCAUCCGGGAAUGAAGAAGAUAAAAAAGAAGAAGACAGUGAUGAAAUUAAGAUUGGGACUUCUUGUAAAAAUGGAGGGUGUUCAAAGACAUACCAGGGUCUACAGAGUCUAGAAGAAGUCUGUGUAUAUCAUUCUGGAGUACCUAUUUUCCAUGAGGGGAUGAAAUAUUGGAGCUGUUGUAGAAGAAAAACUUCAGAUUUUAAUACAUUCUUAGCCCAAGAGGGCUGUACAAGAGGGAAACAUGUAUGGACUAAAAAAGAUGCAGGGAAAAAAGUUGUUCCGUGUAGACACGACUGGCAUCAGACUGGGGGUGAAGUUACCAUCUCCGUGUAUGCUAAAAAUUCACUGCCAGAACUCAGUCAAGUAGAAGCAAAUAGUACAUUGUUAAAUGUACACAUUGUAUUUGAAGGAGAGAAAGAAUUUCAUCAAAAUGUGAAACUAUGGGGUGUGAUUGAUGUUAAACGAAGUUAUGUAACUAUGACUGCAACAAAGAUUGAGAUCACUAUGAGAAAGGCGGAACCCAUGCAGUGGGCAAGUCUUGAACUACCUACAACCAAAAAGCAGGAGAAGCAAAAAGAUAUAGCUGAUUGAUUAGAAGAGAAACAGAAUUCUUAAUGUGUGUGAUGAAAUAGUUGCUUGCUGCUGUAAUCUUUUUGUUGUUUUUAAUCUGCCAUUUUGGGGUUAUCAUGAGGUUCUUCAAAGCCAAAGUCUGUUAAAUUUUCGUGCCUCUAUCUUUCGAGUUGCAUAAUAUUCAUGUCUCCUCACUAGAACUAUAGUUGUUGCCCUUAGACUUGAAGGAGGGGAAAGAACCCAUAAGUAUAAUUGCAGUAUUUUUUAGUAUAAAUUAUUAUAAACAGGAAAUGAAAGAGGAUUUUUUUUUUAAUCCUGAUAACUCCUUUUUCCCUUAAAUGGGAAGGCAAAGUGGUAUGUAAAAAAUUGAAUUGGCCUCUCCAUGCAUUUUUGUUAUUAUAAUUCUUGAAACUCUUUAAGGAAAAUACUUUUCUUUGUUUCUUCCUAUGCAGUGGUUACUUUCAUAGUACUCAUUCUGAAGCAAUGGAGUCAAAACUGUGUGUUCUGGCUAAGUUUAUAAUUUGCUUGCAGUUAAAUUAAUUUCAGAAAGUUGCAUCAAUACUUGCAUUACCUGGCAAGCAGUAUAAUUUAAAUCUAUAGGAAAUAAACUAAGAUUAUAGAAUUAUCAAUUUGGUUAAAAUGCAUCAUAAGAGUAAGCAAUAAUGUUGAAAUCUCCUUCCUGAUUAUUUAAAGGACUCUUUAUGGUGUUUUGACUAAAUUGUAUCUGAUUUAUAGUCUGAACACUCUCAUGGAUUAUAUCUGUCUCCCUGAUGAAAACCUGGAUCUGUUAAAUUGUCAAUGUGUAGCUUUGUUGAAAUAUAUUAAGGUGUGUGUUGAGGCUUGAAUCUGAAAUGUACCCGGAGGCUUGUUUUGAGCUGUUGGUCUUUCAACUUGAGGCUCUCUUUUGAAGGCUGUGAAACCUUUAGGAUAUUAAUGGGUGAGCCUUUGAGGAUUAUACACUCCUGCUGGCAUGAUCCAGUCAGGGCAUAUGAACCACCUCCCAUACUCCUCCCACUGCUGCCUCCUCAGCCAUUAUAGAUUGUAUCCUCUGAAACAGUGAGCCAAAAUAAACCUUACCUCCCUUGAGUUGUUUCUGUCAUGUGCUUUGGUCAAGACAAGAAAAGAAUAUACUACAGGAAAAUUAUAGACUGUAUUUUAGAAUAGCUGAAUGUUAUAUGUUAAGUUAAUAUAGUAGUUUAAUUUUUGGGAGCUAUUUUAAGGGUGUCAUGAAGGGUUUUACACAUAAAAUGGUUAUGUGUUAUACUUCAUUAAUUGUAGAUGACACAGAUAAAAUUAGAUAGAUCAAAAUGAAAGUUGAAGGCCUUUAUUUCUCAAACUCUGUGGUGUUAAUGGAAUCCUAACAGUUUCAUUAAUCAAAGUAUUGUUUUACUUAAUAUAGAAUCUGUAUGGGGGCUGGAGAGACAGCUCCUAUAAGGGCAUUUGGUUAGUGGGGUCAACUCCCUGCAUCCAUGUGGCAACUUGGCUACUUCAGGAUCUUCACUUCAGAUACAGGUCCUUCUGUCCUCCAUGGGCAGCAGUCAAUUAUGCUGUGCUCUUUGAUACAUCAGGCAAGCUAUUUGCAUGAAUCAUCAUUUUGCUAUUAACAAAUAACUAAAGAGAUUGUAUACCUCAGGCAACAAGUAUAAAGAUACUAAUCUAGCCUUCAGGCUUUGAAGAAGCAAGAACAUGCUAAACAUUUUUUGGCAAUAUAAAACUGAGAUCCAAAUAGUGUUUCUAAGUUUAUAGUUAAAAGGGAAUGCAUUUGGGAAAAAAGAUCGUAUGUACAACCUGAAGAAAAAACCUGCACAAUCUGUUUCCGAAUAUUAAUUAUUUAUCUGUAUCACUUUCUUGUUGAGGUGGUUUUGUUUUCCUUUUAAUAGCAAUAACUUUGUUUUGUUGUCACUGUUAGAGCAAGUAAAGUUUUCUAACUUCAGACUUCAUUGCCCAACAUUUUUUUUUCAGAGUUGUGCAAGGGUUACAUUUGUGACCAUUUCAUUGCUGUUUCAGAACUUCUGCAUGGCAUUCAGAUAAAAAAUAAGUGAGAUUUACCUUAAAUUCUAAAGCUACGGUAUUUUUAAGAAAAUUUUAUUUUAUCCGUCAGCUUAAGAAAAGUUAAUAAAAAUGCUUGUUAUCUUUGAGAAGUUAUUUCUAUUAGAUAUAUGUCUUUAUUAUAGCAUCAAAAUAAUCAAACCUAGAUAUACUUUAUAUACAUUGUAACUCUAUUUAUCAUGGGGAAUUUAAAAUGCAGUUUUUCUUGGUAGCUUUUGCUUGCACAAAGGAAGUAAAUAUCCUAAGUUGCCUUGUCUUUCCUAACCUUUUAUUUUGCAGUAACUUUGUGUUAGUGGGAUUAUAAAAAUAGUGCAGGAGUUUUUUAUAAUAAGAAUAUUGUCUCCCUGUGUUAAAAUCUUACAUGAUAUUGUACAAAACUAAGACAUUAACCUUGGUAUAAUAUUUUAAAGUAGGAGUGUUUAAUUUUAACCAUUUUAGUGGAACCCUUAAAGGGUAAUAAAUCUUGAAACCUAUUUUAAAACUUAAGCCAGUGAUAGAAACAAAACUAAAUUGAAAACAGAUGUUUAUAGAUUGAUUGUGUACAGUUUUUGGAGUAAGAUACUGUCAGUACAAUGAUUCAGCUGUAACAUUUGUUUCUUAUUUUAUGGAUUUUUGUCUUUAUUUCUUAUAGUUUGUUUGAUUUUCUAAUAUUAGUUCUUCAUCAGAGUGAAGAGAACCAUUAAAACAUUCUUGCAAGUA